GGCUCUGGGGAUAGUUAGCCUGAUUAGGCACUGGUGAUUGCCGAUGCAAGACAUGAUCUUGGUCAAGGGCCGUGCUUGGCUCUGCUCAACAAUCGUCAACCCCCAUCAUCCUCUUUGUCAAAUCGCUGCAUUCAAAAAAUUACCCAACAAAGUUUUCUAUCGCGACUUUCUAGAAUAUGGCGGAUCAAUUGUCUGAAGAACAGAUAUCUGAAUUCAAGGAAGCUUUCUCGUUGUUUGACAAGGAUGGCGAUGGCACGAUCACUACCAAAGAGCUCGGCACUGUGAUGCGCUCACUAGGUCAAAACCCCACCGAAGCGGAGCUACAGGACAUGAUCAACGAGGUUGAUGCUGAUGGGAACGGUACUAUCGACUUCCCAGAGUUCCUUACAAUGAUGGCACGCAAAAUGCGCGAUACGGACAGUGAAGAAGAGAUUAAAGAGGCAUUUAAAGUCUUCGAUAAGGACGGGAACGGCUAUAUCAACGCUGCUGAGCUGAGACAUGUCAUGACGAACCUAGGCGAGAAAUUGACUGAUGCUGAGGUCGAUGAAAUGAUUCGUGAGGCAGACGUUGAUGGCGAUGGUCAGAUCAAUUACGAUGAAUUUGUGAAGAUGAUGCUAUCGAAAUGAUGUGGAACGCAUCCUGUACAAUGAACUUUACUUCAGCAUCCUACUUACGUAUACUCUUAUCGAUCUUUUUCUACUCAAGUGACCCGGUCUGCAGAAAGAGUUGCAUGUUUGGUUCAAUUGCUACAUAAUGUCAACCAGUCUGUUAAA